AUGUUUGUAGUCGCUAACUCUGUAAAAGUCCAACACCAAGAACUGCCAGAUCCCAGCACCCCGCGCACGUCUCUUCAGGACCAAAACAUCGCCCAUCUAUUCCAUUCCUACACAUCAGAUAUCUCAAAAUGGUACGACCUAAGCGACUCAGCAUGUUCAUUCGGCCUGGCCGUUCCCACCAUCGCCCUAGACGAACCUCUUCUCUUCAGCUCCAUCAUCGCCGUCUCAGCAAUGCACACAUGCCAGACAUGGGCGCCAAGUUUCCGCAAAGUCGCUGAGUUCUAUCACCACCGAUGCGUGCAGCUUCUUAUCAGACUGUCUGAGGGAGACGAGCUCAUCACGCGAGGCGUGGCGCUGACUGCGACGUGUCUUUUGCGGUCGUAUGAGAUUUUUGACGGUGACGUUGACCCAAACAUGCACCUUCGUGGGGCUUACUCUAUGGCUUCACUGCAUGGUGUUCUUUCAGGAAACCUACAAGCUGGAUUACUUGGUGCGGGUUUUUGGAACUAUCUGCGAGAAGAUAUCACAUUCAGUCUCUUCGAGGAGUGUCCGCUGAAGAUGAAUCUGGAAAGCACGCCGCUUGUCGGCCACCAUGAAUCUGACCAAGAUUAUCUAAAUUCCAUUACACUUAUUCUCGGUAAGAUCAUCAAUAUGACAUUUGGUCACGAUUCGGAUGAGGUGCAACUAGGUUCUGCGAUUGAGUCACUUAAAGCCUGGCGGAGUACAUGUCCUGAUCAUAUGAAGCCUUUCUCAAGACUACAAAGCGAGGCGACUGCGAUACUUCACUACUAUCUCGUCGCGUUAACGAUACUCUUUGUCCAUGCAUCUCCAAGCAGCGUAGAUGAUAUCGCGGACUUGGAUAUUCUUGGGCUUGAAUCCGAGUCUAAGGAGCAACUUCUAGAGGCUUUCGCUCUGGAGAUUUGUGGAAUUGCUUUCACAGCCAAGAUCCCGUCGGUUUUGGUCAACGCUUUUGGGCCAAUAGCUUACUGUGCAAGAUUUAUCCAAUCUGAGGCCUCACAGCAGGAGCUUGUACGCCAGCUUCUAGCGUGCAAGUCAAGCAUAGGAUGGCCAGUGGAACGGCUCGUUAGGGACUUGAAGGUAUCGUGGGGUUUAGAUCAGGUGUAG